AUGCUCGUGAAUCUAAGUGUCCACAAAUUAUUAUUGAUGCAACCGAUUAUUUCAAAUUUUAAAAAAUACGAUGGUGAAAAAACAAAGUAUAUAUUUCUUUAUGAAGCUAUGGUUUAUGAUCAAGAAAAUGAAUUUAGUUUUACCGUCACUAAUAUGCUUAGUGAAAGGCAUAGCAAUGUGGUAAUUUUCAAUUGGCUUGCUAGUUGGAAAAAUAGUGAUGUACCGAUGCCAAAAAAUUACAGUAUGCGAUUAGUCAUUGGCAAUACUGUCAGCAGUGGUACAAUGUUUUACCCAGUACUCUUCGCUACAAGUUUAUAUUAA